UUAACCACAUGAAUAUUAACUAUUUAAUAUUCUUUUAUCAGUCUUAUUUUGGGGUUAUUUUAUGUUAGGGUUUGUUUAAAAUUUAUACCCUUACCUUUUUUUUUAUUCGCAGGAUGUUAGGAGCCACGUCCAAACUCAGUAUAUCAAGAAGUAUGGAUGAGUGGGAGCAGUAUUUUGCUGAGAACCCAGCACCUCGUGGAUACGACAUCAGUUGUGCUCAGCUAGAAGCCUUCUGUCAGGUGCAUGUAAACAGGAACCCAAUUGCACUUGUAACAUCUGGAGGAACAACUGUCCUUGAGAGGAACACAGUCAGGUUUGUAGACAAUUUCAGUGCUGGAACUCGGGGAGCAGCAUCUACUGAGUAUUUUUUAUCACAUGGCUAUGCUGUUAUCUUCCUUCAUCGUGACAAGUCAGUUACACCAUUCCUUCGCCAUCUUGAUCCCCGGUUUCUCUUAGAUGCUCUCCAAGAAGUGCCUGGUGGGCUCUUACAGUUGUCAUCAAUACACUCUGCACAGGUUCACCCAAUAUGGCAAGACUAUCAGCGUGUCAAGUCAGAGAGCCGAAUUCUCUGGUUGACCUUCACAACACUCUCUGACUACCUGUGGCUACUGCGUGCAACCACUCAAUGUUUACAACAGCGAGCCCCUAAGGCUCUUCUGUAUCUAGCUGCAGCAGUCUCAGAUUUCUACAUUCCACAAGAUAAAAUGGCUGAACACAAAAUUCAGUCUGCGUCGGGUCCACUUACAGUUACUCUCCAUCUAGUCCCUAAGAUGUUAAGUCCACUUGUUUCAGUGUGGGGGCCAGAACUCUUUGUUGUGUCUUUCAAAUUAGAAACUGAUGAAAAAAAGCUCAUUGAAAAGGCAACAGAAUCACUUAGAAAAUACAAACAUGAUCUGGUAAUUGGCAACUUGCUGCAAACUCGUCGGGAAGAAGUGACAUUUGUGACGGAAAAAGAGAGUAGUCUCCUAAGGUUGAUGGAGCACCAGAAAGCUGAAAAAACUGAAAUAGAGAAAUUAAUUGUAGAGGAAGUGGUUAGCAGGCAUAAAAACUUCAUUAAGUACUAAGCCCUGGAAAAUAUGUCAAGUCAAGAUGAGUAUUAUUUAAAGUAUGUACUGUACACUAUUUCUUAAAAAUAACAAAAAUAUGCAUAUCAGGAUUGUAGCAUUAAAAAUUUCAAUUUACAGAAUUUAAGUUUAUAGAUAUUCUCUCUGACUAAUUAAAAAAAUAUGUAAGUACUGUAUAAGGGAAAAAGAGUUUAGAAACUUGAAGCCAGUAUAGAUUAUUUAAUUAAAAGGUGAAUGUUUUAGUUCCAUAAGGCAUAAGAUGUUUCUUUUAAUAAUGCAAAUAAAAUUAAGCUUUAGAGAGGUUCAUAUAUAGCAGAUACAAGUAGAAAAUUCUAUCAAAUUUUGAGUGAAAUUUGUGAAAAUUAAUAUCUCAGAAUACUUAUGAAUGCUACUACUGCUUACACUUCAGUAAUAUUGAACAUAGUAUUUGCUGAUUCUGUUUGCUGGAAACUUGUCAUAAUGUAAUUAAUGUGUAGUUUGCCACCUGGAAUUGAGAAAUGUAGAUAAAGCCUGAAUUUUAUUACUGUGUAAUGCAUUAUUGUAAUAGAUGCAUCAUAUAAUUGAAAGCUUUUAAUUAGAUUGUUUUGUAACACACAAAUUUCAUUUUGUAAUGAAUGAAACAUGGUUUUGAACUGAUCAUAAAGGUUGGAAAUAUUAGAGUUUGGGUUUCAUACUAGUAGGUAGUAACAGAUUGACUUCACUUGUGAAAGCAGUGCUAUUAAAGAAAUGUUCUUUUGCCAUUGACAGGGGUUAACUCCAGCCACAUGCAUGCUUAAGCUCUCUUCCCCCCCCCCCCCACACAUCCUUUUUUUUUUUUUUUAAGAUUCAAAUUCUAUUUCUACUCUUCAGGAAUUGCUGACAUUAUCUAUAUAUAUCUUUCAUUGUGUCCUCUUGCUUGUACCAUUUCGCAUCUCACCUUCGUUCCUAACAUCUGCUUUCUUUUCCCUGUGCUUAUUGGAUGAGCAGCCCUUGUGUUUUUUUCAGUUAUAUUGUUUAGUAUGGGCAUGAAGACACAGUAUGCAGAAGCUUUUAGUGUACUCGAAUAAUGUUUCACUUGAGGUCAGGGUUAUCAAGUCAUACAUUUUACACGUGCAUACUCUUGGAAAAUGUGAUGAGAAUAAUGUAAGGUGUCCUGCAGAGAAAGUAAAAGGAUCUGAUGUGAGUGGUGGACACUGCAGUCGGCCUACUGGUCCAUCAUUAGGUUUGAACUAUUGUUUGAUUAUGUCCCAGUUUUUCCAUUGUAAAUUGUGCCAUGGGAAAAGCAAAGCCCAUAAUCAUGCAGCAGUUCAAACCAAAUAAUGGACCAGUAGACCAACUGCAGUGUUCUGCCACCCAUAUCAUCAGGACCUGGCAUAUGAUCCAUCCUUUAUUUUUCUUUCUCUGCAUGUCAUGUUAUAUUAUUUUUUGUCUCACUUUCUAGGUGUAUAUACAUGUAUAAAAAUUAUCCUCUGUAUGACUUAAUAAAGCUCUACUCUAAGUGAAACAUUGCUCCAAUAAAAGCUUGUUCUGUAUAUAGUCUUUAUAUCUUGUAGCUGUUAGCAUUACCCUCAUGCAUAUAUAUUUUGUAGUGCAAGUAGUUACUACUUAUGCUCAUACACAUAUGUUUUGUAGUGCAAGUAGUUAGUAAUUUACAAAUAUACUGGAUAAUUUAUAACUAUCCAACAUGCAGAUGUCCCAACAAAUGUUUCUAGUUGUAUAUCUCCCUUGUUUUGCAUAGCUUUACACAUGCGUAAGUUACUUGACACCAGUUAUACUGAACAGUAUGGGUUUCUCACUUUGUUUAGUGAAACUUGUUAAAAAUAAACUUUGCACAAGUGAAAUUAUUCAUUUGUUGACUGCACAGUGAGGAAGAAGUAUACUUGUAGACUUUUGUUACCCUCAAGUGUGGUAAUGGUUAAUUACAAAAGCAUUGGGGAAGGAUUUGCCACAAACCAUCCAAGUUUUAAUACAGUGCAUCAACAAUAUAUAAAUUGAUAGAUAUUAAAUUGCAUUUUCUGUUUAGGACACCUUAUGUUAGUAUAUUUGUUUUGGUUAACUCAUGCCUUUUGAUGUUGCAUUAAUAUGUACAGGUACUAGACAAAUCACUAAAUAACUGACAAUCAAUACCGAGUUGUGAACCAUACAGGAAAAUCCAUAAUCAACUUCCUGGGAGAGUAAGGAUCCCAGUAUUGCACUUAGCUGGGACAGUUUAGGUUUCUAUAAAUCUCAUUAGUGAAUACUGAAUACUCUCAAAAACAUGACAGAUGUAUGCCUGCUGUAGGAAGCUGUUUAUUCUUCACCUUUUGUCUUGUGAAGUGGAUGUUAGGAACACGCUUAUUUCAUUGCAUCUUUAAGUCAUCUUUACACUGAUAUAUAUCUUGUGAUAUUUAAAUUGUCAAAUAUAUGACUACUGUAUAUCUUUUGUCCUGAUGAUCUCUUUCUCUGCUGUGCACUAAAACAGUGGGAAGUUAGUGCCCACUGUAGCAUAGACAGGCUAGUGUUCCCUGGAAAUUUGUCUCUGUGGUCCAGUUUUCAUCUCAGUAUUAGUUAUAUUAAUUAUCACUUAAGGUUUGGAAUAGUUUGUUCUUAUUUUUAUUUUGUCACUUAUGUUACUGUUUAGAUAUUUCAGUACAUGUAAUUUUAAGUGCUGGUGUCUCAAUAAAUAUAUAAGCUUGUAGGAAGCAUCCUGUUAUUAAUAGCUACUGUAAACUACCUUUUGACAGUUAUUAUGUCAAAGUGUAGGUCAUACAUGUAAUUGUGCUCUAGAUAAACUAGAGGAGCAUACUAUAUUAUAUACUUGUAUUUUAUCCUUCCCUGCCACCUCACAAUUGUGAUAAAUUCAAGGACUCCUGCCUUAGAUAUUCAAGAAUUAAAGCAAUAUUGUAUUUUUUGUCAGUACAGUAUAAUUUUAGCACAAAAAUGUUAAGGGACUAUGAAAGAGUCAGUCACUAUUUGUUAUAUUUAUGUCGGUACAUUACAGUGUUUGGUAGGAUGUUUUUUACCAAUAUCUGUAAGACAUUGCAGAUGGGAUAUUGUCUCAUUUUCAGUUAUUUAAGAUGGAGGGAAUAGCUAGCAAACUCUUUAUAAUGGAUCUUGUGAUAGUGUGUAUUAGGCACAAUAUUGCUUUACUAGAACUGGAAUUUUUAUAUUUUUUCAUUUGUGUGUACUUCGUAGUUACCAGCUCAGUUUAUAAGAUUAUUUAUAUAAUUGUAACAUUUUGCUAAGUUAUUUAGUACCUGUACGUUUACUAGGUGCUUAUUUGAUUUUAUAUGUUAACCAGAUAUAAAGUAUGGAGGAGUUUCUAUAGCGAAUGUCAUUAGGAUACUUUAAUGAUUACAGAUAGUAUUUGAUUUCUAGAUUAAUAAUAUGAACCUGUGCCAUGUGUAAGGCGGCAUGAGCAGUAUCUCCUCCACAUUAGUUUAUUUUUUAUAUACUUUAGCUUAUAAAAUCUUAACAUAAUUUGUCUUUUUUUAGUCAUAUCCAGGAGCUUGGGUGUAAUCUUCUUGUAAGAAUAUACUGAUGAAUUCUAAA